AUGGCAAUCAAAAACAUUUUGGAAAAGACGGUGAACACCACGAGGAAAGAUUGGAGUAAACGCCUCAACGAUGCUCUCUGGGCUUACAGGACUACUUACAAAACACCGAUUGGAAUGUCACCGUAUAGAUUGGUGUUCGGAAAAAUGUGUCAUUUGCCCGUGGAAGUGGAACAUAAAGCUUACUGGACCAUUAAAGAGAUGAAUAUGAAGGUGCCGGCCUGUGAAGAAGAACGGAAACUGCAGCUACAAGAAUUUGAUAAGCUAAGACUGGAGGCAUUCGACUCGGCCAUGUGGUAUAAAGAAAGAACAAAGUUCUAG